AUCAUACAUUAUAAUUACUUUGCAUUUUUUUGCAUUUUCUUCACAUACAAACAUAACUUAGAAAGCAUAAUCAUUAUAAUCAUUAGUAAUUUUUUUCAAUAUAUAAAAAUAGACAAAUAGCAAAUAGCAUCAAUAAAAUUACUAAAAUGUCAUUAGAUUCUCAAUCAAAAAUUUUUACAAAAUCAAAUCUGAUCUAUAUACCAUUGUCAAUAACAAUCGCUCAUACAUUAAAUUUCAUCAUUAAUUCACCUUUAUCAACAUGGAAAGAAUUUCCACCAAAAUUACCUAAUUCAGUUUAUUCUUCAGUAUUUUUUACCCCAAUAUUAUUAUUUAUAUCGCUUACAUUCGAACCAAUUCAAACAAGGAAACGUUUUUACACAUUAUUAUCCUUAGCACUUUUAGUUAUUUCAAUUCCAAUAAGUUACCGUGAAAAAGGUUAUCCUACUUCACUUCAAAAUAAUUUUGUAGCUAUUACUAUGUUUUUGGGUGUAAAAAUGUUAUUAUUCUUAAAAUUUAAUAGACUGUAUUUAGAUCAAAAAAAUUUGGAUCAAAAGAAAGAAUUUAAAUCAUACAUCUCAACAUUAUUCAAUUGGCGUUUUAAUUCUUAUAUAAUUCCUCCCGUAUCAAAAAAUUCAAAUGAAAAAGAAAAUCCCUUGAUUAUUAAAUCACCCACAACUUCACAAAUUAACAAAAAAUUAAUCAAUCGUUCAUUAAUUUUCAUUGCAAAAUACUUAAUUUUUGAAUUUUGUAUUUUUACACUUUUAAUUUCAGCCAAUUACAAAACAGAAAUUCCAAAAAAAGCUUAUCAAAUUCGUUUAAUAGAAUUUUUUACUAGUGGAAUUCCUCCUUUUACAAUUUCUUCAUUAAGAUUAUAUUUGAAUUUCCUUGGAGUAAUAUAUUUAUGGCUUUCAUUAAAUUAUGAUAUUAUUACUAUCAUUGCUGCGAUCGUCCUUCGUUUCAUCUUUCAUUUCACAUCAGAGAAAAAUGAUCGCAAAUCUAUUUUAAUUCAAUAUGGUAUCCUUACUCCUUCUGUUUAUGUUUCUAUAAAAGAAUGGCUUAUUACAUUCCUAUUUAACACUAAACAUUUAUUUAGUGUACCAUUUAUUUCAUCAAGUCCUCGUGAUUUUUGGUCUACUCGUUGGCAAUUAUUGCUUAAUGAAAGUUUUAAAGAAUUAGGUUAUUUACCUGUUAAAAAUUUAUUUAUACCAAUAUUUUCAAGGAAAAUUUCAAAUAUUAUGGGUGUAUUAGGUGCUUUUGGUGUUAGUGCUUUAUUACAUGAAUAUAUUAUAAUUGCAAAUUUUAAUAUUUGGACAGGUGAACAAUUCUUUUUCUUUAUGGCUCAUGGUGUAAUAUUUAUCUUAUGGGAAGCUAUAUUUAAUAGUAAAAAUAAGGAUAUGAUUAUUGAAAAAUUUUUAAAAUGGUUUUUAUUAUUAAUUAUUAAUUUGAUAUUACUUCCUGCACUUGUUGAACCUUCAAUAAGAAAUAUUAAUUUUUCUGAUAUUUCAACUAUUUCAAAACAUUUUCUUAAAGAUUAUAUGUAA